AUGACCGAAAGCGCUGCGAGUCUCCGGCGAGAGUCCAAUCUGGCCGACACGUUUGACGAUGCCACGGCCAAAAAGUAUGAAACGUUGCUAGAAAAGAAAUGGACCUCUGUUGUCCGUCUGCAAAAGAAAAUCAUGGAUCUCGAGGCAAAGAAUGCCGCCCUACAACACGAAAUCGAGACCGCGACACCGCUCUCAUCGAACCGCAAGAUUGAUCCUGCGACCUGGCUUCCGAGAGCGCCAGCCAGACACACCCUGCAGGGUCACAGGCUCCCCGUCACGUCCGUGGCGUUCCACCCGGUAUUCAGCUCCCUUGCAUCGGGCUCAGAAGACUCGACCAUCAAGAUUUGGGAUUGGGAGUUAGGCGAGCACGAGAGGACGUUGAAGGGCCACACCAAAGCAGUACUCGAUGUGGAUUUUGGUGGCCCAAGAGGCGGUACGCUGCUUGCAAGCUGCAGUAGUGAUUUGACCAUCAGGUUAUGGGACCCCAGUGACGAGUAUAAGAAUAUUCGGACGCUGCCGGGCCAUGAUCAUUCCAUAUCCUCGGUCCGCUUUAUUCCUUCGGGUGCUGCUGGCGCUCCGCUCUCCGGAAAUACACUGGUUUCUGCUUCAAGAGACAAAACGCUUCGAAUAUGGGAUGUCACCACAGGAUAUUGUUUAAAGACGCUGAAGGGCCACACAGACUGGGUUCGCACUGUGACACCGUCAAUCGACGGCCGGUGGUUAUUGAGCGCAGGAAACGACCAAAUACCCCGGUUAUGGGAUGCAAGCUCUGGUGAGGUCAAGAUCACAUUUUUGGGACACGAACAUACUUUGGAAUGCGUGGCAUUUGCGCCAAGUUCCUCCUACGUCCAUUUGGCGAGUAUUGCUGGGUACAAGAAACCGCCGCCAGCAAACAGCAGUGGCGAGUUCCUGGCGACGGGAGGCAGGGAUAAAAUCAUCAAGAUAUGGGACAACCGGGGCACAUGCCACAAGACACUGGUUGGGCACGACAACUGGGUCAGAGGCCUUGUUUUCCAUCCCGGCGGGCGGUAUCUGCUUUCGGUGUCCGACGACAAGACCAUUCGCUGUUGGGAUCUGUCGCAAGAGGGCAAAUGCGUCAAGGUGGUGGACGACGCUCAUCAACAUUUCAUUAGCAGCAUACGGUGGGCACCCGACAUUCCAGUACAGCCAGCUACAAAUGGGGAGUCCAACGGCACAGCAGCAACGGGCAAGAAGGAAGAUGGUGCAAGUGGCGGUAAAAUUCGGUGUGUAAUCGCUACAGCCAGUGUCGACCUCAAUGUGCGUAUUUUUGCCGGCUGA